CACCUGCAAGAAACCUUCGCAGAGGAUACGAAUCUUCGGUCGCCGUCAGUAACACUCAAGCGUCGUUUGUUCAGCAUGUCCCUCUGUCGCUUCCGGCCGGUGGCAGCGCAAGUUGUGUGCCACGCACAUUCGGUUCGCACGUUCAGUGCGUCUGUUGCUCCAAGAAGCAUAAGUGCUUGGAAGAAGGGUGGAGGAAAGGGGAAUUCGAGCGCUGGGGAGGCCUUUGCACCGACGAUACGCGCGCGAAAAUCAGUGAAGUGGCAGAACGAGGAGAUCACCCUAGGAGACUGGAAGCCUAGCAAAGCCGAAACGAUAAAUAUUGGAGAGAUCCUGCGGUUGCCUGAAAAGGUUCGACAAGGCGCGACAAACGCACCAGGCGGUCUGUAUCCACCUGUCCUUGCACGAGAGGGCUUAUCCGCGUUCAUGUUACGGAAACACACCUUGGACGUUCUGUCCACGAUCGAAGCAGAGAGUGCAAAAACCGAAAGCGAAAAUGUUUAUGUGUUGGAUGGGCCUCGUGGGUCAGGGAAAACCGUCACCCUACUGCAAGCAGUGAGCCACUUCGUGCAGGCAGGGUGGAUCCUUAUUUAUGUGCCGCAGCCAAUACAUUGGGUCAACGGGACACAGCCAUUUGACCCCCUUCCCACCGAAGACAAUGCCCGCCCACAAUUCGCACAACCAACGGUCGCUUCGCAAUUUCUGGAACAGUUUUUGAAGAUCAAUAACGAAGCCGCGUUACGGUCGAUAGCAGUCGAGGGCGAAGGGGAACAGACGGUGUUGAGCGUUGCGCAGGAGGGCAUUGCACGGCCGGCAACUGCACAAGCAGCACUGGGAACUCUUCUGGAGGCUCUUGCCAAUGAUACCAAGCGAUCACCAGUACUGAUUGCCAUUGACCAAGCGAACGCCCUUUACGCAAAGACGGCCUACCACGACGUGGAGAGCCGAGCUGUGACUGGAGACCAACUGGCCACCAUCAAGAGCCUCAUUUCCCUCUUGAGUCAGGAAAAGCGCUUGAAAAAGGGAGCCAUCGUAUGCGCGAUAGACCGCAGCAACACGCAAUUCCCUUCUCCAUUGCUCGAAUCCCUCAUCGCAUCCGCCCCGUCCGUCUCCACACCAGCAGUAGCGUCCCUCAAAUCCCCAGAAGGCAGGCGAGCGGCUGAUUUCUCGCACGUCGAUCAAUAUGGCGUUUUGCUCUCGCCAAAGGCAUCGCCAGCUAGCUAUGAUCCUCUCACAACGGCGGAUAGCAUCCAUCCGCGAAACUUGAAGAGGAUCGACGUCCCGAUCUACAAUAAGUUUGAGUUGGCGAGCGUACUGGAUUAUUACCACACUUGCAAACAGCUAGCGGGUGUCGAUUCUAUAUCACGCGAGUACGUAGAGAAGGAAUGGACAGCGACCGGGGGAAACGCUUUGAAGGUGUACAAGAGAUGCUUGUCAUUGUGAGAUAAAUGUACCAGAAACACCCUCCAUGCGUCACCGACUUUAGAUAGAUAUGAGCCCCGCUCUCUUAAGAGACACAAUGCAUAGAUA